AUGCAUCUUGUCUACCUUGUAGAUGCUACUUCGGAAGCCCGCCAGGCACUGUUUACUCAGUCAACCCAAACCAAUCCACCUGACAGUAUCUCGACAUCCAACCACUAUGCUUCCCCUUUUGCAGAACGAUUUCCUGCCAAAAGUGUUCAGCCAAUUACAUCCCACAACAAAGAUACAUCAAGUGCUAGAGGACGAGUGAUAGAUUCUUCUGCUUUCGGAGCUGCGCCUCUACAAUUGCCUGGCAGAGCUCAAUCUGCUCAGCCUUCCCAACCCGAGGCGAGCUAUGCCCGGUCGACGGGAGUUCUGGAGAGGAAAGCCUCGAAUUCAUAUGGCCAUCAUAGGCAAACUUCCGUUAUACACGGACUCCAGCACUCGCGGAAUCCCAGCUUCAACACCUCUACAGCAAAUAGCCCUUCAACGCCCGAGGCUUACAAUGCAGGCAGCAACGCGAGUAUCGAUUCAACUAUUAAGAGCCCUGAGCUAUCUUCUCCACUUACAACCAGCACUAUAGCUAGCUCUUCACACGUCCAAGGUCUCUCGGGCUCUACCAUGACCGACCAAACCAUACCGAUGAACUUGUCACAUGGAGUGAGCCACCAGAGGAUACCUACUUUGAGCUCACGAUCGAGGCAAGGACAUGGCCAACAACCAUCACAUUCUAGACAGCGUUCAGAACCAAGGACACCUGGCGAAUAUGCGCUACAUCACUUGCUCAAUGCCUUUGUUAACCAGGCUGAUCAGAAGAUUAACCAUUGCAUUGCAAGUAUCGGCGAAAUGGCUACACCUGUGGAGCAACUGUGCGGACAUGGCGUUGAUCCUACUUUUGAUCAGUUGAUUAAAGCUUUAGGUCAUAUCGUUCGUCUGAAACCCAAGCCCCUAAUUGACAGCUUAAUGUAUUGGCGGAAGGCAAAGGCAGAAGCGGCCUCUCAGGCGAAGAAUCAGUUAAACCAGCAGAAAUCUACACCGCCCUCGAAUAGCGCUCCUCCAGGUCUACUACGAAGAAACACCGAACCUGUACAUUCUAAUAGCAACAUGACCAGCUUGCAUAGCGACAACGAUGCCACAACCGUGCUCUCUGGAUCGCUUGCCGAAGAGGUAGUGUUGACGGAACGGAGGGCCACAGUGUCAGUGUAUCUUGUGUGUAGGGUCUUGAUCGAGAUCUUCGAGCAGAGCACAAUGGCUGCAAUUACAACAGACCUGGCAGCAAAGCUCGAAGACAUAAUAUUCGGUCAGCUGAAAACGCUUGACCCAACACAGAUUGCGAGCUCAAGCCUUCGCAUGGCCAAUUGGCGGAUCUACGGGCAACUCCUAGGCCAAAUGAGCAAGAUUGAUUUCGUCAAUGUGGCCCAGAGAUUUUUGCAGGAGCUUGACUAUUGCCAAAAAGAAAUCGCCAGAAAUGCUGGAAGCAUAGUAGCAAGAGAGUUGGAAAGUCGUGCAGAAUUGUUGAUUCUAGGAAUGAGGCAUGUGCACGUCAGAUCCUUCCCUGAGGCAUCUUGGAUCGAGUCAGCGGAGUUCAUCCGCAAUAUUGGUCGGCUGUUUGUGAGUUCUCAUGGCUCGCGUAUCAAACAGGCUUAUUGUCAUAUUCUGGAAAAAUGGCUCCUGGCAAUCGCAUUAGACGUUAGAAGUGACCUGUCUUUGUCAAGAUGGAGGGAAUCUUUGGAUAUGCUCAACAUGCGACUCACCCAGAUGCUUGCGAAGGUACGCCAUUGGAACACAGCGUACCCGCUUUGGGCUCUGCUUCUCUGCGUUUCGCCUAAAGAGCUGUUUCUGGCACAGUGGCUUCCUGCAAUCUCUAGCUUGGGCCCCAAGCUCAAGGAAAGGCCUACCAGAGGUCCAGCGCUACAGGCCAUCUGUCGAUUGACGUGGACAUAUCUCUAUCGGUAUGCGGAAUCUUCUGGUGGCACGACUCGAAAAAUAGAGGAUAUCAUCAAACUUGCAUUACCGCAAGGAAGGAAGACCCAUCUCUCUACUGAUCCGUUCAUUGCAGAGCCGCUCAUAGAACUAAUUCGAAUCAUUGGAUUCAGACACCAAGAGCUCUGUUUCCGCACUAUUAUAUUUCCACUGAUCAACUCUGACCUUUUCACAUCUGGCAAAGACCUGAAAAUUGAGCAGAUGGAGCCAGAGAAGAUGGUUAUUGGUAUACGCGCAUUCCUGGCUAUAAUGUCUGACUUGGAGAAAGGGGAUCAGGGAAGACCAACCUUUCCACAAAGGUUUCCUACAGCGUCCAUGGUCGAGCCACUUCCAACCACGUCAGCGUAUUCUCGGCCACAAUUGCUCGCUGAUCCGAAUCCCAGGAUUGCAAGUCAGGAUGAUAUCCUUUCACGCCCAGUCAAUACAACGAAGCUCGGGGAUGUAGCAAAACAUUACUAUCUGGGCUUUUGCCAGAUACUUGGCAAGAUUACCAUUUUAUGUGACAACACCUUUGGUGGACAAGCAGUGUUGAACGAAAAGUUUGGAGGAAUUGCUCCUAAAACGCCUUUGGCCGAGACUUUCGGCUUCAGGCAGAAGGACGAAGGACAGUCUAUUGAUCAGAAACAAGCAUACUAUGACCUGCUACAUGUGGCAAUUCAAGCUCUGCCUCGCUGUCUGUCUGAGCAUGUGCCAUUCACCUCUCUGAUCAAUCUAUUGUGCACCGGCUCCGCGCACAUUCAAUCCAAUAUUGCCGCCUCCUCAUCACAAUCACUCAAGUCAAUAGCCAGGCAAGGCCAUGCUCAACCAGUCGCGAUUGGCUAUCCACGUUUCAUCUUCAACUAUGACCUGAAGUAUUCAACGAUGUCAGAUGAGGGUAUGCUUGGUCCCGGACACAUUGAGACGACCCUUACGUUGUAUAUCGAGCUCCUCAGAAUAUGGACACAGGAAAUCAGACAGAAAAUUCGAGCAGACACAGAGAUUGUCGAGAACGGUGCAGGUGUUGUUCGUGGCGUCCGCUUGGAGAAGUCCAAUGUCCUUACACAAGUCGACGAAAUCGAGUCGUAUGGGCUUUUCUUUCUGUGUUCUCAAUCGCGUCGAGUGCGCACUUUCGCUAUUGAGGUUCUUCGUAUGGUAACAGAUUUUGACAGAGCACUUGGAAGUGAACAGUCCAACAGAAUCAUUCGGAUCUUGAAGGACGACUUACAAAGGAUACUGGACCUCAAUGAAGACCACCUCAACGUUGCAGAGCGUAGUCGGCUGCAGAAGAGCAAACGCAAAAGUGCGACUCAGAACACUCUGAUUGAAAUAUGCAGCAGUGAGGGACCAUACGACUCGACCCUGUGGUUGAAGAUAUUUCCCAACCUCAUCAGAAUCACAUAUCAGAUGUGCCCUAAUGUCAUUGCGCUCAGUCGGCUCAAAGUCUGUGACCGCUUGGUUCAGAUGCAGAGCAGCAUUGAGUUCCUGGCUGACCAUAUAAGAUCGCCGCAACACGUGGCCCAAGAAUCCAAGAUGGCAGCACGAAAUGCAGCAACACCUCCAGACGUGUUGAUCGAGCAGUGGAAGUUGUAUCUGACCAUGGCUUGUGUUACUUUGAGCCAUUCUGGGGCACAAUCACAGAGUCAGCUAGCAAACGCUGUUCAUGCUCGGAAAGCAUCAAGAGCAGCGACAGCUUCCCAGGAUAAGAUCGGUUCUGCAAGGUCUUUGUUCUCGGCUGUGAUACCGCUGUUAUCUGCAGGCCCUGACGCAAUCCGUAACGCAAUUGUCUUGGCUCUGGGAUCGAUCAACAAGAAUUUGUAUAGAACUCUGCUCGAGUCUCUGCAAUACGCUGUGACAACUUGCAAUGAUGAAGCAAAGGCAAGAAUUGGCUCCCAUCAUCGUACUCCCAGCAGUCCAUUGAGAAACCCGAAGACCGAUCGACUGCGGACUGAGGUCACUCAUGUCUACAAGCUGACUUCGGCUUUCUUGAAGGUUCCCGAAGUUUACAACGAUGAUUGGAUUUUGAAUAAUCUAGUUGUGUAUUCGAAAGAUUUGAGAAUAUUCUUGAGUGACGCCGAAGUUCAAAAUGACUGGAAAUUUCAGAAGCUACGAUUUCACUAUUGUGGUUUGAUGGAAGAACUCUUCGAAGGUAUUAACCGCUCCCGAAACCCGUCCCGCUGGCUCCCGUUCGAGUCAAGAAAGUCUGCUUUUACACUAAUGGAAGACUGGUGCGGAUAUUCUGCAAAUCCUAGUCAGAUAUCUCAGCGGGAGGAUGCGAUGAGGCAAUUCGCGAUCGAGCAGCAGCAGGAAUCAGGUGAACGAACCAAUGUCUCUGCGGCAAUGGAGAAGGAGAAAACUAGUCUUCGCGUUGCUGCAUUGAGCGCCAUGGCUUCGCUCUGCGCUGGGCCAAUCACCAUCAAAACUGAAAGUAAGGCAGUCCUCCAAUUCAAUCUUCCUCGCAUGCUUUCAUGGAUUGAAUCAAUUUUCGCAACUUUGAGCGACAAAUUGCAUGCCAUCGGGAGAAGAGCCCUCAGGGAACUGAUUACUCACAAUAAAGAAUAUCCUUAUAUUAUGGAACAUGCUAUUGAACGCUGUUAUGAAUCAGAGAAACUGAAGGCUUUGGAAAGCUAUUUUGGCGUUGUUGCUGAGGUAUUGAUUGAUCAUGCUGACUAUCCCAUGGCAUUUUGGAGAAUCCUCGGAGCAGUGUUGUUCACGCUCGGUAGCGAAAGUCGAGAGAUCCGCAUGAAAUCUGCUCAUCUCCUGAGGACGCUGGAAGAAAGGCAGCAACGCAGUUCCAAAUUGCGGGAUUUUGACAUCAGUAUCGCUGACAAGACUACUGCGGUCUAUAAACUGGCGCAGUUUGAAUAUUCAAGGCGGCUAUCCAAAGCUCAUGGGGAGCUAGCAUUUCUGAUUUUCUCAGAGUUUUCUCUCCAUUUCAAGAGCGUGAGUACUGACCACCAGCGAAAUAUGGUGGCAGCCAUUCUUCCCUGGAUCCAGGUGAUGGAACUACAGGUUGAUCCCAACGGUGGCCCCACGGCGGUGUCCUACAUGCUGUUGUCCAACCUGUUUGAGAUUACUGUGAAAUCAAGCAGUGUACUUCAUAACGAAGUACAGGCACUUUGGCAGGCCUUGGCCACCGGCCCACAUGGCGGUAACGUGCAAUUGAUCCUCGACUUCAUCAUACUUUUGUCUCUUGAAAGACGAGAGCAGAACUUCGUGGACUACGCCAAGCAAAUAGUGGUGUUUCUGUCAGGUACACCGGCAGGAUCCAAAGUCAUUGAGUUCUUUCUGCUCCAAUUGGCCCCAAAGAACAUGGUCAACGAAAAGAAAAGCGCCGACCAAAGUCCUCCGGACAUGGGAAAUCUUCCCUAUGUUGCUGAUCUGUCUGCUGUAUUGCCCACUGGAAAUAAACAGGCUGGCCUUUCUCUUGGUCAAAUCGCAAUGAUCUUCCUGGUUGAUCUUAUGGUAGCGCCAGUUGCACUCCCCACGGAUAGUGCUAUCAAGCUCAUUCACGCAGUGCUCAUACUGUGGGAUCAUUAUACUGUUUCUGUGCAGGAACAAGCACGAGAGAUGCUUGUACAUUUGAUACACGAGCUGGUCACGUCAAAAAUUGGGGACAGCACGCUAGCAGCUAAUAAGAACGAGAUUGAGAAUUUGGUCGAAGCAAUUCGCCAGAACGAGACCGAUGUGGUGUGGUCUUAUGAGGACAACAACGGCAAAGAAGAUGACGAUGGAGGAAGCCGAGUGCCUGCCUCGAUGAUGAACCUAAGCAGAAAAGUGGUUGAGCUUUUCAGUAUGGCGUAUAAGAAUUUCAACGAUCUGUGGGCAAAAGAAGCACUCUGCUGGGCAUCCACGUGCCCUGUCCGCCAUCUGGCUUGCCGAUCCUUCCAGGUGUUCAGAUGCCUAUCGGUUACGCUUGACCUCCGAAUGCUGGCUGACAUGCUUGCACGACUAUCAAACACAAUUGCCGAUGAACAGACGGACUAUCAGACAUUUUCGAUGGAAAUUCUGACCACAUUAAAAGUCAUCAUAAGUGACCUGGACCCUCACGAUAUUUUGCGCUACGCCCAGCUCUUCUGGACUACAUGUGCUUGUCUCAACACCAUUCACGAGAGAGAGUUUUCAGAAAGUCUAGGUAUGCUUGAAAAACUACUUGAUCGGCUUGAUAUGAGCGAACCGAUGGUCGUGACAAUCCUCAUGGAUGCACAGCCUCCCAAAUGGGAAGGUGAUUUUGAGGGACUCCAGCCGUUAGUCUACAAGGGACUGAAGUCGGUUGAAUCGCUAGACCGCACACUGUCCGUUCUGGAUCGACUCGCUGGUCUUCCAAACAAUGACCUUGUUGGCGAUUCGAGUCGUCUUCUCUACUCCGUCCUAGCAAAUCUACCUCGACUCCUUCGUCAAUUUGACCUUGAGACUAGGGAACAGGAAACUCUCCACUGCGCCUCGCGGUUAGCUGAAGUGGCUGAUCAACAAGGAUAUGCUGCUAUAGCCCAAUGCCUGGCCGAAUUCGUCAGAGGCCAUCACAGAACAAGCAGAGACUUCCUCCACCCUGCUAUUGCUGCUGUGCAGUCUUCCUUUUUUCCGGAAUACGAUGGGAAAAGUUUGGUGUUUUUGAUGGGCUUUCUCACCAACAAAAAUUCCUGGUUCAGGUUGAAAACAAUGGAGAUUUUGUGUGUCCUCAUCCCUGAAGUGAACAUGAAGAGACCGGACGUUGCAUGUCACGGACCAGAUCUGAUUUCACCUUUAUUGCGGUUACUUCAAACCGAGCUUUGCCCUCAAGCCUUGGAAGUCAUGGACCACAUCAUGGAAGUCCAAGGAAAUCCAAUGGAACGUCAUCAUAUCCGAAUGAGCCUGGCAUCAGGUUCAGCCCGUGCUAUCCGCAAGGAGUAUGAGCGAACGCAAAGCCUUUAUGGUAUUCCACUGACCACUGGCUGGUCAAUUCCUAUGCCGGCCGUCUACUCAAGCCUGACUAGAAACAAUGUCCAUGCUGUGUUCUAUACCUGUGGUGAUGCUGAAGUCAUGCAGAGAAAUGCAGCAACCACACCCGAGGUCGAGUUUAGGUCGGAUGAAGGAUAUUCGGAUUCUUACUUUCCUACAAGGAGGACCAACACGAUGAAGUCUGUCGAUACUGUACCGGAUGCGAAUAUGAACGACCUCUUGCAUAAGUUGGACAGCCUUGACGAUUUCUUCGACGAACCAAAUACCACAGCUGAAACUAUCAACACAAGCACUUACGAUUCACACGACUUGCACGAUAGUGGCACGCAUACAUACGAUCAGCAAACCGCACCUAUACUCAAAAAGUCUCUUGCAAGGACGGCGUCCUCGUCUUCUUUCCACAAUGGCCUUGCAGAAUCACGGCCGCCUACAUCACAUCAAAACAGCGUCAUGACACCCACAGCUUUCAACACAACACCGGUGUCUGCCACUCUAGACUACACUACACUUCCUCUUCCAGCCGUUCCUAACAUGCACUUGUCAGUAAGACCGGCCUUGCACGGUCGAUCUAUUACCUCACCUGCCAACAAUUGUGCAAUUUCACAGCCUACAUCCGCACCAGCCAUCUCGAAUUUUAGCAAUGGCGGUGGUUCAUUUCUUUCCGAAGAAGACGAAUCUCUCGAUGAAGCCACAUUCUCGGAUUCUGAAAGCUCGCCAUUUCCACUACUGACAACACAAACAUCUUCUACCUCAUCUGGUCCUGGUCCUUCCGUUUCUGCUGGCGGGCCAACCUUGUCAACACCGAAACCAGUAACUCCUCACUCAGCCACAGAAGUUAAUGGCUCCUUCAGCUUCGAGGGCAUGAGGCGUGGUAUGAGAAGACUGACAGGGACAAAAGGUGAACGAGAAAAGGAAAAGGAUCGAAUCAGAGAGAUGGCUCGCAUGCGGGCGCUGUCUGGUGGUGCUAGCGCAGGUCUUAAUGGACCUUUGAACGCUAGUCCAAGGGUGCCACGUGUUCCAAUGGAGUAUCUGAACGCCACGAGUCCAGGAACAUGA